UAGCAUUUAGUGAUCCAAAAUAUAAAUAAUCAUCUCUUGAAAUCAUGCAAAUAUAUCUAGAUUGCAAAACGGAAACGGAAGGGGGUGUGCCGGAGUGGGCGCUGGUGGAACUGCAGGGUCUCGUGCAGAUGAAGAACGAGGACGGUGGAGGCACCCUGGUAGGAGACCUGCACUUCUUCAACAGGAACAAACACCCCGUACUAGUGCUAGGCCAUCACGUUCUCAACGGCAAAGAGGUCAAACUAGACCAGCCCAUGGCCGUCGUAGAGAAACAUCACGGAGACAAAACCACGUAUAAAGUGAAGGCAGUGGUGAAGAAGAAAUUGUUGUUCAAAUCGAGACCCAAACCGAUUAUAUCCAAUGUUGAAAAAAAUUAAAUAUACUUUUUGAAUGUA